AUGCCCUCCUACCCGUACAGGGACAACGACUACGGAUCGGUUCCUCAUGGAUCGACCGAUCAAUUGUGCGUGUUUUACCACCCGCGAUCCAUACCACGGGUGUUCCCUGGUUAAGAGUUUCGCGGAGCGUGUCGGGGCCGGCCGUUCGCUGUGUCCUGGUCGAGGCGCGUCUCUGCGUGUGCGCGCGCACGAGCGUGUCUCAUGUGCUCACCUCUCCUGUUGAGCGAUGUGACCGCGAACAAACAAACGCUGACACCCACAAUGCCUUGCACCAUAGCCCCCCUUCCGGUUCGAACGCAUACUUGGACCCGCGUGGUGAAAAACCUUACGAAUAUAACUACGGCGCACCCAUCGAACGCAAGCGUGGCGUGUCCAAAUGGAUCAAGUUUGGUAUCCCACUCCUGUUGCUCGUCAUCGCCGGAGCCGUUGUCGGCGGCAUCUUCGGCUCGCGUGCGGCCAAUGACAGCAAAAACAGGGCCAACGCGAAUGCCGCUGCUCAGGCUGGCUCGUCGUCGUCGUCGUCGUCGUCGUCUUCAUCGGGCAGUUCGCUAAAGUCGACGUCGGGGACAUCAUCGUCUCCCAGUCGCACCUCGUCGUCGACCCCUUCUCCCACGUGAGUCCGCGCGUCUGCGCCGGUCGAGGCCACACGCUGUACUGACGCCGGGCCGGAACUCCCCAUGCAGCCCAACGAAAGCUACCGGUCAAUACACCGUCACCAAUCGCGCUGCCUGGGAUUGGUCUCGGGACAAGAGUAUUGGCAUGUGCCUGGGCAACUGGCUCAUUCUGGAGCGAUGGAUGAAUGAAGACUGGUUUGUCCAAGUCGCGAGCAAUUCCUCGCUCGAUGAGUGGACCCUGUCCCAAGUACUCGGCAGCGACCUCCCCACAGUCAUGCAGAAGCACUACAACACAUGGAUCGUCGAGUCAGACUUCGAUACAAUGCAACAAGCAGGAAUUAACAUGCUGCGCAUCCCGACCGGUUUCUGGGCAUUUAUCUCGACCGUAUCCGGUGAACCUUACUACAACAACAGGACAGAGCUGCAAUUCCAACUCAACAAAGUCCUGGGAUGGGCCUACGCCCGCAACAUGUGCGCCGUGAUUGACCUUCACGGCCUUCCCGGCUCUCAGAACGGCGAACAGUCCUCCGGCCAUCUUACGACCACGCCCGCAUGGUUCGGUAACACGGUCAACCAAGGACGAUCGGAUGCUACCGUUGUGGCUGUAACCGAGUUCAUCGCAGCCUCUCCCUUCCGCUCCAUCAUCGCCGGCAUCGAGGUAAUCAACGAGCCCCGCCCCUACACCGAGGCGCAAAACCAGGAGCUCAUGGCGUAUUACCAACGCUCCUACACGGCUAUUCAAGCCUCUGCAUGGCCCGUAACGACCUUCAUUCAUGAUGGCUAUAUCAGUUCAGUGCGUAACUAUUACCCCUUUGAUACGUGAGCUCGUUGUAGCCUCUCCAAGGGGGGCUUCAUUCACUCCGUUUCUUGUCCUCUUCUCUUCGUCUUUCGGGCACGUUGCUGAUCAAUCUCGAGACGCACGACACACUCUACUCCAUGUUGCUCGUUCCUAUGUAUCACCAGGGCUUCGAAUAUUGGAGAACAUUUGCUGCAGCGCAUGCGACGAACCCGCCGUCGAUGGUGAUCGAGGACCACCCCUAUCCCGGCAACUUCCCCCCACAAACCAGCCCCACCGACAUCAUGGCUCAGAUAUGCUCGGCGGCGCGCCGUUACCUGAACUACCCAAUUCCCGUCGUCAUCACCGAAUGGAGUCUGUACACUGGAGUCAAAACUUUGGCGUUCGAAAAGCAGUUCUACGAUGGCCAGCUGACCGCUUGGUCGUUCUCGGCUGGAGGGAUGUUCUGGUCGUUUCGCCACGUGCCUAGCAAGGCUCAGUUGGCGCAAGGACUCGACUACAGCCAGUACUCGUUCAUCUAUCUUAUUCAGCAAGGCGCGAUUACCUACCCUUCGGAUGUUGGCGUCGCCAACACAGCCACACGCUCGAAUGCGCAAAAGUAUCUCGACUCGCUGACGAGCAACUGCGGCUCGGCUCCCAGCAAUGCUGCGCCUUACCCUGCUGCAACGGUGUCAUGGACCGCCGAAGUUGCUGCUCGCACGGCAGCAGGUCCGGGCAACUACCCCGCCACUUCCGUCACGGACCCGAACUUGGGUGCGGACCCGCCGGGUGCGACUAGUUCGUCCCAGUCCCGCUCUCGCAAGGUCAAGAGGGCGUUGUACUAG